AUGGAGCAAAUCAACACAUUCACACGCUAGACAAACAUGAACGAGCAUGUAUAACCAGUGAAUUAGGAUGCAGAGAAGGUAAUGUAUCAGGAAAUGAUUGCAGAGUACAUGAAUCAGAAUGAGAUCAGCAAGAGAGUUAGAAACAUGAUCAACAGCACUAACAUUAGAAGCAAUAGAUUUAACAUCAACAUCGACGAGCUCAGAACAUACAAGCCUCAGCUAGCAACAUUUAUCAUGAGAAGUCCACUUGCAGCAAUCAAGAUGUUCUAGGAGCACCUGAAUAAUAAUGCCAAAUCCAUGAGAGAAGAGGGUUCAAGCAAGACCAAUAAUGAAAAGUUAGCAACAGCUCAAGAUAAUUUCCCCAAGAAGACCCAAGUGUAUUACGUGAACUUCGAGGGCAACUUUGGACGCAAUCACAUUACACCCAGAGGCUUGAAAUCAGACCUGCUGAAUCAGUAUGUCCAAGUGAGUGGCAUUGUUACAAGAAUGAGUAUUGUCAAGCCCAGAAUCCAAACUAGCAUACAUUAUUGUGAAACAACCAAAAGAGGUCAUGUGAAGCAUUACACUGAUACUACAAAUCUUGACACUUUAGCUAGAUAGCAGGAGGACGAUUACAUUCAGGAGGGAACCAAUGGAUUCUUGACAUCCGAUGCAAAUGGAAACCCCUUAUCAGUAGAGUAUGGAUAUUGUGUCUAUAGAGAUUAUCAAACUAUUGUUAUCCAGGAAAUGCCUGAGAGAGCACCUCCUGGUCAGCUUCCUAGAUCAAUCGAAGUUAUUCUUGAAGAUGAUUUAGUUGAUAAAGUCAAGCCAGGUGACAGAAUCCAAGUAACUGGUGUCUACAGAGCUAUGCCCACUACUGGUAUUGAUAACAGAAGUGCUAUCACUCUUACUAAGCUUAUUGCAACUGGUCUCGUUCAAAUUAAUUUUGAAAAGGAAAAGCCAAAUCUAAAUGAAAAUGAUAUUAAAAACAUUAAGAAAUUGUCAAAGGAUGAAAAAUUAUUCGAUAUUCUGGGAGGAUCAAUAGCUUCAAGUAUUGAAGGUAUGAACAAUUGCAAGAAAGCCUUACUCCUUUAACUUUUGGGUGGAGCUGAGAAGAACCUUGAGAAUGGAACUCACUUGAGAGGAGAUAUCAAUAUAUUGAUGGUAGGUGAUCCUUCAACUGCAAAAUCACAGUUACUCAGACAUGUUAUGGACAUCGCUCCCUUAGCAAUCAACACUACUGGUCGUGGUUCCACUGGUGUCGGUCUCACUGCUGCAGUCACUACCGAUAAGGAUACUAAUGAGAAGCAUUUGGAGGCAGGUGCAAUGGUCUUGGCUGAUAGAGGUAUAGUCUGCAUCGAUGAGUUCGACAAGAUGAACGAUAUUGAUAGAGUCGCUAUUCACGAGGUCAUGGAGCAGCAAACAGUAACCAUCGCCAAAGCUGGUAUCCAUGUCAGCUUGAAUGCUAGAUGUAGUGUAGUGGCUGCUGCCAAUCCAAUCUAUGGAGAAUAUGCUAGAGACCAGCCAGUAGGUAGAAACAUCGGCAUGCCAGAUUCUCUACUGAGUAGAUUCGAUCUUUUGUUCGUGAUCUUGGAUGAGAAGGAUCCUGAUAAUGAUAGAAAGAUUGCAGAGAGAGUUAUUGCCAAUCAUAGGUAUAUGGCUCCUCAUUCAGGCUCUGAACUCGCCUCAGUUUUCCACUAUACCAAUGAUGAUGUAGUCGUUGAAAACGAUUUUGACUCACACAAAGCCAGAACCACUGAGAAAUCAAACCAAGUAUUUGAAAAGACAUUCAACUUUGACCCAAAGGCUUUGUCUAUUGUAACAAGAGAUUUCCUAAAGAAGUAUCUCUCAUAUGCCAAGUCGCAAAAAGCUCCAGAGCUCCACCAAGACUGUAUUGAAUAUGCUGCUCAGUUCUACUCAAUGAUCAGAUCCAAGGCACUCAACUAUGAUCAAGCUAAGAUCAGUGCGCCUAUUACUGUCAGAACUCUUGAAACUAUGAUCAGACUUGCUACUUCUCACGCCAAGUUAAGGUUGUCUAAAUCAGUUGAGCCAAUUGACAUCGAUGUUGCUGUUACCCUAUUGAACGAGAGCAUUUUCCAAGAAGUUGCCAAGCCAGAAAAAGAAUAACCAAUAGUAGAAGAUGACGAGGAUGAACAUAUGUAUGAUGAAAAUGAAGAGGAAAUAGUGCAGAAGAAUAAGUCAUCUACAAGAGGUUAGAGAUAUGCUCAGAGAAAUGGUUCUAACCCAGUGUCUCCAGCUAAGGAUGAAAGCAAGAAUGGAAGCAGCAACAAGAACUAAUCCUCAGCUGUUAGAAAGACCAGAGGCUCAGAAAGAACAGCAAUCUCUAACAAUAGCUCAGCAACUAACUCUGCCAAGAAGGAAACAGUUCCAACAACAUCUAAUAAAAAACCAAGUGAUGACUCAGGAAGACCAACCAAGAGACAGAAGAUUGAUCAUCCAACUGAUGAAGCUAUGAAAACUGCUUAGGAGACUUAAGAGCUAUCCAGUUUGUUCACAGCUAAGCAACAACCAGCCCCAACAAAGACAGUUGAAUCAAAUACACAGCAAACCACAGUCAUCGACAUGACGCAAAAGAAGUACUUGUACAAACUAAUUAGCGAGAACAAGGGUUAGAGCAAUCAGACCACAGUUAACAACUUGUGGAGAGCUUUUAUGGCAGCCCCAGAGAGUGAGACAUUUAAGAGAGGAAAGCCCAUAAUACAAAGCAAGCAGCAACUCGUUCAAAUAAUAGAGGAACUGGAAAAAGACAACCUGGUAAUGUUCUCAAGUGACGAUGGCAAUGUGGUGCUUAUUUGA